UUCGGGCGAACAUUCGGUGCAUCCCUACUAUGCAGCAACAGUUUCUAAUGUGCGUGUUGUGUAUCAAAGUCUGGAUGUGUUGUUGCUGAGCAACAGUUUGACAGGAAUUCAUCGGUCCGAAUGCAGUGCGCUGCUCAGCCAGAGAGGGCGCCCGGGUACUGACCUGUUUCUUCUCUUCCUUGUUUAACUCAAGCCCUGCUCUGCCGCUGCUGGUAGUUUUAUGCGAGGAACUCCCGAACUAUUUCGGUAACCCGUUAUAACGGUCGACAUGGCGACCGAGGAAAUUAUUAAGCGUUUUCUUAAGAAAAGAUGAAGAUAGCCGAUACUCAGCAAGAAUGAGUUUCAGGUUUCACACCAUGUGAUGAUCACCCUGGACGUGUGAAUUUAUCUUAUUUAACUCCUGUGUUCAGAAGAUUUUUUGAUUCCAGUGGAAUCUUUCAUUUUUCUCAUCUAUCGUUUUUCCCUUUGUUAAAUGUAAUGCCCAAUCACACACACACACGUGCACGCACCUAGGAGAACCCCCCUUGCUCCCCUAGAACAGCCUUGCUACGAUGCCUGUACAAGCUCCACAAUGGACCGAGUUUUUACUGUGCCCCAUAUGCACCCAGACGUUCGAGGAAACGGUGCGUCGACCCAUCAGUCUAGGUUGCGGCCACACCGUUUGCAAGAUGUGCCUCAACAAGCUGCACCGCAAGGCCUGUCCCUUCGACCAGACGGCCAUCAACACUGACAUUGAGCAGUUGCCUGUCAACUCUGCCCUGCUACAGCUGGUCGGGGGACAGGUGCCCAAACAGCAACCUGUGGCACUCAUUACCUGUCCAGAGGACACCUAGCAUUAUGAAGAGGCACGGCAGUGCGUUGAGGAGCUGGCCCUCUACCUCAAACCCCUCAGCAGUGCGCGAGGGGUGGGGUUGAAUAAUGCUGCUCAGAGCAUGCUAAGCCGCCCCAUGCAGAGAAAGCUGGUGACCCUGGUGCACUGUCAACUGGUGGAAGAAGAAGGCAGGGUCAGGGCCAUGCGGGCGGCCCGUUCUCUGGGUGAAAGGACUGUUACAGAGCUCAUCCUGCAGCAUCAAAAUCCCCAGCAGCUCUCCUCCAACCUGUGGGCUGCUGUCAGAGCCAGAGGCUGCCAGUUCCUGGGCCCAGCCAUGCAAGAGGAGGCACUAAAGCUGGUGCUGUUGGCCUUGGAAGAUGGAUCUGCUCUUUCCAGGAAGGUUCUGGUUCUCUUUGUAGUCCAGAGACUUGAACCCAGGUUUCCUCAGGCCUCCAAAACCAGUAUUGGACAUGUAGUCCAGCUCCUCUACCGUGCCUCCUGCUUCAAGGUGACGAAGCGAGAUGAGGACUCAUCGCUAAUGCAGUUGAAAGAGGAAUUCCGCACGUAUGAGGCACUUCGGCGGGAACACGACUCUCAGAUUGUGCAAAUUGCCAUGGAGGGAGGCUUACGCAUCGCCCCCGAUCAGUGGUCCUCUUUACUCUAUGGAGACCAGUCCCACAAGUCCCACAUGCAAUCCAUUAUUGACAAGUUGCAGACGCCAGCGUCAUUUGCUCAGAGCGUUCAGGAGUUGACCAUCGCACUGCAGAGGACGGGUGACCCCGCCAACCUCAACCGGCUAAGACCUCACCUGGAGCUGCUUGCAAACAUCGACCCCAGUCCAGACGCUCCUCCUCCCACCUGGGAGCAGUUGGAGAAAGGGUUGGUGGCGGUAAAGACUGUAGUGCACGGCCUGGUGGACUUCAUUCAGAACCACAGUAAGAAGGGUGCUGACACGCAGCAGCUGCCCCAGCACAGCAAGUACAAGACAUACAUGUGCAGAGACAUGAAGCAGAAAGGAGGCUGUCCCAGAGGAGCCAGCUGCACCUUCGCCCAUUCUCAGGAGGAGCUGGAAAAGUACCGUAAAAUGAACAAACGUCUUGCUGCACGGGUGUCCUGCACUCCUGGUCUGCUGCCUGAAGAAGUGGUUCCAUUGGAACCUGGACGGAAGCCCUCAACCCUUACCAAUGGUAUUGCUGGUCCUGGGACCCAUCUUCCCCAGCUCAUCCCCAGAGGCACAGAUCCCUCCACUUACGAAAUUUUACUAAAAACCAAGAUGGAUGGCAUUAGUCUAAGUGCUCCUGGAUCUCCACCUGACUCUCUUGAUAAAUCUGGCAUGGCCCUAAUACCGCACUCUGUGCCUCACCCCAGGGCAGAGCACUUACCCAUGUCCAAGCAGGUGCCAGUCAUGCCCAGAGGUGCUCCACAGAUGUAUCCUCAACAACCUGAGCUCUUCUACCCAGAGCCAGCCAGACCUCCACCCUCAGGAUCUCAGUAUGAUGCUCAAUACCCAGCAGGCAACCCCUACCCAUACCAACCUCCACAGUAUGUAUCUCCCCGUUACAUCCGCAACCCACCUCCGCCUGGAGAGUCUACAGUGUCCCCUUACCCAGAGCCCUACCCAGGUUACGGCCAAGAGCGCCAAUAUCAGAACCACCACUCUGGUCCUCCUUUCUCAGCCCACCCCUACGCACCCCCCUCCCAUUACAGCCGCAGACAUGGACAUUAUCCCGCACCCCCACCUCCAUUCGCCCCUCCCAGAGAUGACUUGGUGAGGAUGAGCCCCAUUCCUUUAGACGUUCCUCCAGCCCCUAUGCCUCCACCUCCCGCAGGGGCCACAGGGUCUCUGUACCACCCCCAGGAGUCUUCACCCCGAGAUAGGUACCCACCAGAUGGGUACUAUCCUGCUGGAUCACACCCCAGCCAGAUGAGAUCCCACUUGAGAGACCCGUACAGUCGUUCUCAGCCUAGUCUGGACGACUUGCACCGUAGGCGUAAGGAGCUGCUGGUCCAGCUGGAGGAAAGAAAAGUAAUCUCUCCUCCUCCCUUUGCUGCCUCCCCCACUCUCCCCACACACCCUUUCCCCAAUGACUACCCUCAGGAGUAUUUGGAAGAUGGCUCAAAAGUCUUUGGAAGUCGGGAGCCAGACUACGCUGGACAGUAUUCCCCCUGGUCAUGUGAUACAAUAGGAUCAUACAUUGGCUCCAAGGAUGCUAAACCAAAAGAUAUCACUAGCACUGUGGAGAUGAUGAACGCAGAGGGAAAAGUUCUGCGCGAGCCUCCGCUGGACACCCAGCGACGCUCUGCCGAAGCCAAAGACGAUGAUCCAAUCAUUCCCUUUGGCCCUCUGCCCACAGUGUCUCCCUUUGGUGCCAUUUCACGCACAUCGAAAACGGGUUACCAGACCACUGGGCCGGUACAGGCCAUGGCUUCCUCACAGGCCUCAGGCUCGAAACACCUGACAAUGACAGCAGACUAUUCGUAUGGAAACCACAGCAGCUGGGGCAGAGCUUCGUACUCUCAGCACCAGAGCAUGAACACUCAGGGACAUUUCAGCGAGCGUCUGCCCGUGUCCGCCUCUGACCGCGAGCAGCUCAAGAUCGAGCUCCAGCAAGUCAACCAGCAGAUCAGUCAGCAGACCCGGGGCAUGGAGGCUGCCAGUAACUCCAUGCUCCUGCAGAGGGAGGCGUGCGCGCUGGCGGCUCAGCCCGCGCCAGCAGUGAAAUGGUCUACAGCUGCAGCUGUAUCCAGUGAACAGCUCAGCCUGGAGCUGCAUCACGUUGAGCGAGAGAUCGGAAAGAGAACCCGUGAAAUUGCCUUGGAGAACCAGGUGGCUCAUGAAUACAAACUGAAGGCCACAGAGAACGGGCAGCCUGACCAUAAAGCCCAGCUGGAGGAACUCUCCUUAGCGCUGGGUGAGGUGUCUAAUGGAUCCAGUGGCAUGAAGCCAGCCAGUAGCGUGGGUGGAUCUAUGCUGUCGCUGACCAAUAAGACGUCUUCUCUCACCCUCUGCUCUGCUGACCAAUCAGCAAGUAGCUCAGACCUUCAAAAGAAUGGUGUCGUUCACUCUUGCUCUUAAGAGUGUAUUUACACAAAACACACACACAAAUAUCCUGUCCACCUCCAAUGGUCAACAUGCUUUCUUGGUGGGGUCUUAAAAAACAUCUCUUACCUAAUUUGAACCGAAGGGGAUCCAGGAUCGUGAUAAAGACGCCGAGAGGCGUUUUUAAUAUUCAAAAUAAGGAACGCACAUUUUCACACGCGCACACACCUGCAUGCUGCUACAUGCAUGCACAAACACAAACCUCUCUGUUGUUUUAUUUAGAAAAUGAGCAGUAUCUGCCGUGAUAUAAAUUUUUCUUUUUGUUCUGUGAAUGAGCUUUUUGUUUUAAACGACUUCUCAUCGCCUGGAAACCAGGGCAUCUGAAUAAUGCUUACUUUUUGCCGUUUCCCCCGUAUAUCAACAACAAACAGUAAACCCAAAGCUAGCAUGGAAUAUGUGAUCAUUAGUGGAAUGGAAGUGAAAAUCAAGCACACAUUUUUAGCAUCGGUACUAGUUACUGUAACGAGCGCUGCAGUCAGGGCCUGCGUUGAAACAUUUAAACUCCCUGGAUCCCUGCAGCCUUGGAUAUGAUCUGACUCGCCAGGUGUAACGUAGCAUGGAGAACCUUUUAUGAAUCCAUUUUUAUGGACCGUUAACAUGGGACUCCACACACAAUUUACAACCGUGGCAGUGUAUCGCUGUAAGCCAGUUAGAUUGAGCUCUGGAUAACACAAGGGGAAUAUAUAUAUAUAUAUAUAUAUAUAUUGUCAGGUUUUUGUUUAAUUUAUGGUUUGGCUAUAUAACUGUUAGGGAAUUUGUAAAUGUGUUCUAACACGCAUCUAAAGCAUUCUGUUUUAUAGAAUGCAAACAAAUGUCUUUAAGAAUGAGCACUUUUUUCCAUGUUUUUUCCAUGUGUGUGCUUUUCAGUAUAAGAGGUUCGACACUUCAAGUCCCUUGUGUUCUCCAGAGCUUUGCGGUUCGGGAUGAAAUUAUUUUCGUCUCCAAGCGCCACAGUCGUUUUGUAAGAUUACAGCCUAUAAGGAAAUAUUUUCAUCAGUUUUCCCUAACUUCUGUGAAGUUGCAUAUUUGGCUCUCCUGGUCGAGUUUGCAUAUUCAUGCCGCUAAACCGCUGCACAGAAAAGUACCAGGGAGUGUAGCUUCAACAACGGCAGGUCCCGUAGCCGACUAUCUUACAGUUUUGACACUCUGGAGAACAUGAAAUUUACUUAUGAAUUUCUAUAAAAAUCUUGACGGGUUUCCAGACAGGUGUUUAUACUAGAUUAGCUAUUUAAUGUCUUUUAAAUGAAAUAGAUCUGCAAAUGACUUCUUUGUUUGUAUGAUUUGUUUGAAAUCAAUUCUAUAGAAAACCAGACAAGGGUAUUUCUCUAAACGGUUUGUAAAAACAUUAUGCAAAUUGUCGCAUCAAAUUGAAUGCAACCGUUUACAUAAAAAAGGUUUUUACAAACUAUAGACACAUAAAUUGGUUCUGUUCAUAAAGGAGGUCUAUUUAUACCUCAACCACCCUGCUUUGACUUAAAUGUGUUUUUACACAAUCUAUUCAGUGACUGUUUAAAAAUGAGGCCCCGUGAGAGAACACGAUUAUUUGAAGUCUUCCUAUAGUGAUGACAUUCUUCACGUGUGACAUUUUGUUCUAGUCUCUUGAGACCGACUAUGAUAUACAGCUCCAAUUUUGGGUGCAACCUCUUAACAUGUAAUCUUUGUCGUUUUUGUGCUAUAGUUGUGGUGAUAGUUGAUUUCUCCUAUUAUGAUGACUUGUAGUCACGGUCAUUUGAUGUUUUUGCUCGUGCAGAGCGCACACAGCCUUUUCAAGAAAUCAUCAAGAUUGAAAUCGAGCUGUGCUGACACGCAGAGAUGACGUCAACCUUCCUAAUGAGGUUUAAACUUAUUGUGUGAUGUCCAUCACACUUGCUCUGAGCAAAUUCUCCAGAAUGUCAUCUUUAUUGAUGCUAAAUUGUUACUUCCUCCCUCUCUUUAACAUGAAAAUUCUUUGUCAGUUUUAGUAGCGUUUUCCAUGCUGUUGAAUUCUCAAGACCUAGUUCAUGCCUUGUCUGAUAUGUAAGAUUAUAUAAUGCUUUCACUCCGUAACUAGGAGCAUUUAGACCUUUCCAUCUGCUCGGAGACUUCUGGGCUUUGUUGUAGCCUGUUGUUGGGUCAGUUAAACAAAAACAAGGUCACAUUUCAUUCCAAGAUCAAAAGAAAAAUAUGUAUUAUGCAUAAUGGAAAUUAAGCUUCUUUUUAGGACCAUUUAGGUUGUUUCAUUGUUACAUUAUUUUAAUGGUAAAUUCUUACAAAUCUGGUCAGUUAUUGUUUAGUAACUCCCAUUAUUCUCAAUGGUGAUUCUUAUAUGAUUUGCAUUACCGAAAUAUUAUUUAAAUGUACAUGUUAAGACAAUACCAUAAUUACCUUUGCAUAAUAAAAAUGAUUUAUUUUUUUGACUUUUUGAUUUUGGGUGAAAUACGCCCCAGAAAUGUUUUAAACGUGUUUUGUGAGAUUGACCCAAUUGCCUUUUCUAGUUACCGAUCAUUAAUAUGAGACACCUCAACUAUUGCAUUUGCGUUCAAUGGUUCCAUUUUAUGAAAUACCUGAAUGAAUUGCGCCAGGAGAAUAGGCUCACUGAAUUUCCUUUACAUUUAAAUAGAGAAUUGCACACUCCUGCAAACUUGUGUAGGAUACGUUUGAAUCCAGUGGAUACUCUUUAAAGACAUGAACAUGACAAACCACGUUACAAGGCAACGCUUUAUUUUUUAAAAGAGGCAAAAAACUGGCUUUGAGUCCAAGAAUCAUCUCCUGGCUGUGUACAGGUUGUUCUUGUUGCAGUCAGAAUAGUCAUAUCUUUGCCAAAUUAAACUUGCAGGAGCUUUACUAACACGCUCCAGUCACCAUUAGCAUUGGGUUUUCUUUGGUUCUGGCUAGGUGAACGUGCUAGCAUGAUGUGCAUUCUGUUUCGCAAUGCUAACUGCUGCUAUGACAGAAAAAACGGAGCCUGAUGCGUUAGCCAACGCUUUGCGGGUGUGCUGACUUUUCCUUUGGCUUUCACAGAGUGCCCAAUGUUGUGCUACAGCAAGCAUUCUCGAGUGAUGCACUGCCAGGAUGCUUUUUAUUUUAAUGUUUAGAUUAUAUGGGAAUGUGCUAUCUUGUAUUUAAUAUUUAGCACUUGCUUGGGUGCUGUUGAACUUUUUUCUUCAAUUAUCAGUGAUCUCACUGAGCUAAUUAUUUCUAUGUGGAUAUUUUUUCAUUUGUUUUACAAAUUAAAUCAUGUCGAUUACAUUAGCAACUUCAUGGGAAGAGUCAUUGUAAGGCUCAUUUACAGUUUUCUGCAUGAGUUUUUGUUUCCUCAAUAGAGAAAUUGCAGGAUUGAGUGAUUUUCUUUGAGAACGGGUCUGUUCGUAAUGGAUGAUAUUCAUUUCUUUGCCUGAAUUGUCUGUUUUGAGCAGACCUGUUAAAUUCAUUUACAUGAAAAGCAAAUUAACUCAUUUUGAACCUUAUAACACUGUUAUGGCUGUCUUUUGUGUUUUUGUUGUUGUUGUUGUUUUAUUCCUAACUUUUUGGGAAAUGUAAUGGCUUUUUUAUGAUUACUUCCAAGUUGUCUUGUAAAAUCUCUUAAAUUAAGGUACAGGCUCAAUUUCAACAAGGAAAGGUUUUAUAUAUAAAUAUAUAUUAUACUCCAUUAAGGAAUGUUUAGAACCAUCUUACUCCAAUGUGGAUGUAGCCAUUAUUACGCCAUUUUAUGACUUUGUAAAAGAAUUCACUGUGUGAAAAUUGGUUUGCAUUUUUGUAUAAUACAAUCUGCUUUUUUGUUUGCAAGGAGAGGGAGGUGAAACUGGAUGUUAGAGGACAAGAUUAAAAAAUAAUUUAACUGAAACCUGUGAUGUUGAGAAGAAAGUGUAACUUGUACAACAAUGAUUCUAAGCGAGAAGGAUGGAAUAAACAAUAUUGGUAACACUGCUAUAAAGAUCUGUGUC